CGUCUGGAUCUCCGCCGUGUCGCGCACUGGCAGUCUCCCUCCUCCGAUCGCCUUUCUCCGUCCGUCUUUGUUUUCCCCUUCUACCUUCGGUGUUACUGGUGGGAUUCUCUAUUCACCCACCUGAUAACCUUUCUCAUCCUUAGGUAGUCGGUCCUUUUUCUCUUUUCUUCUCUUUUCCUUCCUCCCUUUCUCUCCUCUUCAAUCCGCCAUCUGUCCUGGCUUUCUUCGCACGCAUAUCCUCUCUCCUCUCCCGAGAGAACACCAUGCCUCCCCAGAGGAAGCGGAAGUCGGAGAGCGCGCCUGUCGCCGAGGAGAGCAGUGCUCCGCCUGCUAAGAGAGUUGCACCAGACACUCCCAAUGCUGGCGAGAAGCGAAAGAGAGGUCGUCCCAGGUUGUACCCCGAGGGUCAAAACCCCAACCUGAAGCGCUCCGAUGGCCCCAAAAGAGGUCGCGGCCGGCCGCCCAAAGACCCCAAGUCUGUCUCUACUCCCUCCAAGCCCACGACACCCAAGGCGGGUGGGACCUCUACUCGGGGGAGGCCUCGGAAAUCGUCGCCUAAGCCGACCCCGACGCGGAGCGGGACCAGCAGAUCCACCCCCAAACAAUCCAAGACCGAGUCGCCAGAGGUCAAGACCGACGACUCGGGACCCUCGUACUGGUUGAUGAAGGCUGAGCCCGACUCUCGCAUGGAGAAAGGUGUCGAUGUCAAGUUUUCCAUUGAUGAUCUCCGCGCACGCACGAAACCAGAGGCCUGGGAUGGUGUCCGAAAUCCGGUUGCGCAGAAACACAUCCGAGGAAUGAAGAAGGGUGACCAGGCUUUCUUUUAUCAUUCCAACUGCCGGGUCCCCGGUAUCGCAGGCAUUAUGGAGAUUGUCCAGGAGCACUCUGUUGAUGAAUCUGCCUUCGAUCCCAAACACCCUUACUAUGACGCGAAGUCCAAGCGCGAGAGCCCUAAGUGGCACGCAGUCCACGUUGAAUUCCGGCGCAAAUUCAAGAACCUGGUGACACUGACUGAGCUGAAGAAACAUGCUAGCCCGGGAGGCCCGCUGGCGAAUCUCCAGCUGGUGAAGCAAUCCCGACUGAGCGUGUCUUCCUUGAGUCCCGCCGAAUGGGAGUUCAUCUUGGGGCUUGCCGAAGAGGAGGAAGAUGAAGACAAGGAAGCUGAAGCGACCAAGGCGACCGAAGCGACCGAAGCGACCGACGGGAAAGAAGCGGCGGAUGUGACCGAGUCGACCGAGUCUCCUAAGGACACUGGUGCUGAGAACGAUGAGGCGGAGCCGCAACCGAGCGAGUAAAUGGAGAGCAGUAUCGGUGGGUUUAAGAAUUGUGUUGGACGAUUAUCGAGUUGUGGGCAAAAUAAUCUCGGGGUAGCCAGGCUUUCUGUACAAUCAAUCAAUGGGCGUUUUUUGCAUUGCUAUGGUCGUUCGUCGAAUAUUCUAAG